ACGCCCACGGCGUAAUGCCUUCGUUGGAUCCUUCUUUCACGACUCAAUCCUCUCGCGCCAGCUCCAUACAUUCCCAUCGGCGCAGCAGCCAUUAUCGCGGCUCCGAUCAGCACCUCCGUCCCGAAGAUGCCAUAUCCCCUCCUCGAGGCAGCAUCCGUGAAGCGAGCUCUUUGGAACGACGGGAUACAGUGACAGCCUUGAACGCGAAAGCGGGAUAUUCCUCAUCGCGACCGCGCAGCACUCGAGACAAGAGAAGAGGUCGGAGCAGCAGUCGGCGACGCAAUAAUGGGAUUGCCGUACCGAAGGAGAAUGGGCAGUGGAAGAAGCUCUUGUGGGUGAAGCAGAGCUAUCCGGACAAUUACACCGAUGAGGAGACAUUCCUUGAUCAUCUUCAGCGUAAUCCACGUUUGCGACCGUAUGAGUUCUGGCCUUUGGUUGCAGACAGUACCAUCAUCUUGCAGCAUCUAUGCAGCGUGGUCAUCUUCGUCUGCUGCUUUACGGCAUUCAAACAGGACCGCGUAUCUCCGCAGACGGUGGUAGGAUGGGCGACGAUAUGCACAGUAGCCGGCUGGAUAUUCCGGGAUUACUGGCAGAGUCGUGAAGACGCCGCUGAUGCUGUCCCUCCACCCGACGCCGAAGACGACACUUCCUCCAGCACCAGCGCUGGCGCCGAAGCAGAGUCCGAUGUCCCAACUGCAAUGCCAACGACGGUGUUCUCUGCUUCCAGCACCCCACACCACUCCCGUAACCCCAGCGCUGCCACAUCAGUGAAUGGUGCUACAUCCAACGCCAUCCCAGGAGUCACGACUUCCACGAAUCCGCUGCUCUCCCACGAGGUCAUUCCGACCACUCCCGCCUAUAUCCCACCCUACGGAGCUCGUCCUUCUGCAUUCUCUCCUCGAAUGCAAGAGCGCCUCACAACCGCCAAGUCUGCCGUCCUCAUCUACUGCUCCCUCCUCGGCCUGUCUCCCGUGCUCGCUUCCCUUACGGAGUCGACAUCCUCCGACAGCAUAUGGGCGCUCUCAACUUGGUUGAUGUGUAUCAACGUGUUCACCUUCGACUACGGCGCGGGACCCGAAGUCAAGUUCCCAGCUUCACUCAGCACGAAUGCGGCGUUGAUGGCGAGUACGGUGCUGGCUUCGCGAUUUACGAGUACAUCACACGUCUUCAGCUUGACGCUGUUCAGCAUGGAGGUAUUCGGACUGUUUCCUGUGUUUCGAAGGCAUUUGCGGCAUCACUCUUGGGUGGGACAUAUGUGUCUUACUACCGUGCUGGUGAUACUGGCGAGUGGCGGGUUGAGCAUGACGAUUUCUGGUGGAGGUUGGGCCAUGGGUGUUGUUGGGGUGGUAUUGGGUGGUAUGGUGUGCUCGCUAAGUAUGGGCAUGACAAGCUGGUGGUUGAUUGGAUUGCAAAGAUACAAGAACGAGAUUCGAGGACCGUGGGAUCCUGCUCGGCCGAUCAUCAGGAGACAUUGGGAUUGAAUGUGGCCAUGUUCGAAACGGUGUCCAUUUGCUACGCUAUCUGGGUAUCUCGGUGAAGAUGUAGCUCGAUUCUGAGCUCUUGAUCUAGAGACGACACUCGGGAGAGACUCGUUCUCACCAAUCCUGCAUGCUUUUGCUCAACUUUCCGCCCUCAGAAUCUGAUUCAGACCUCAGUUCCUGGACGCACUCGCCGCCUUGUUACGCUGCGCGGCGCUGGCAAUCCCACGGGAGAGACCCUCAGCCUUCACCUUCGCCUCACGGACUUCGAAGAACCACUCCAUCACCUUCUCCAUCACCAUCGGGAACACCGUCUCCACCAUGCCGUCCGCUUUGCCGCUGCUGAAGUGAGGGCAGCAGACCGGAAAGCCCUGCACUGCCGCAAUAUCUCCAUCCUCCGCCUCAGCUUCGCCAUCCUCCGCCUUUUCAGUCUCCUCCGCGAUCGGCGGCUUGUUCAGAUCCGGCCUCUCCAUUCCCGGCCCGCACACGAGGUCACCCACCGGCUCCCGGCUGUCGACCCAUGCGCGAGCAUGAGUUGCCAUGUAGAUGGGCAUGCCAUCACAGGUGAGGGUCUUGCGCGCAUCGAAGAUGGGAGGUUGCACGAGAGCGAUGGCUUCGUUGCUCUUGCCGAGAAUGUUGGUGUUGAAGUCAUCGUCGAUGUUCUCGAGCAGAGUCGGGAUAUUCUCGCCGACGCCGACGAUAUAGGUGCGGUCGGUGGGUUUGAUGAAUUGAGGGAGGAUGUGGUUGAUGC